UUUCCACCCCGAAAAUAUUGACAAUUCAAGAAACCAAAAUUUCAUGAAAUUUACUCGAUAUUUUGGGUACGUGAAGGAAAAUGUGAUCAUCACAUUGAAUCCAUUUUACUUCUAUAUUUUACUUAUCAAAUUCAUACUAGCAUUAAAUUUCAUCAAUCCCAUUCUUGUCAAAUAUAUGGAAAGCAUUUCAUAAAAGUUUCGAAAUUUUAUUUCGAAAUUUUGUCCGCCCAUCGAUUUGACGUGAUUCCUGGCCGAGCUCCCACGUCGUGAGUCAGAGGAGUGAAUUGUCAGUGAAGGAAAAACGACAAGCAAGCAGAGAGUUUUAGUUUCUCUCUCUCGCUCGCAGUCAGUUGAACAUUGUGCUGGCAGAAUGGAGCUCGAGGAAGAGAAGGCUGCUGCUGGAGCCAAUGAUGAUACCAAUGUUGACCUCAACUUCAAUACGGCGACAGUGGGUCCUUUACACAAAGAGUUGUACUUUUUGAUUGCAAAAUUCUUGGCGAGUGGACCCUGUCAAGGGGCUUCGAAGGCACUGAUUGAGGAAAUAGAAAGACACGAGAUCAUCCCAAAAAGUGUCAACUGGUUAGGUGACCCCAUCAGACAGGACUUUAAAACUUUUGGCUCAAAAUUCGAUCAUAUUGCUCCAGAUCAUUUACCAAAACUCCUGGAUCAGUUGAUAAAAACUGUCAAUUCUAAGGAACAGUCCUCCUCCAGCAAUGUCGCCGCAUCUCGCAGUCUCCUGUCCUUCUCGACAUUUUCCCUAAUCAACAAAAGAGCCGAUGAUGGAGCCAACGUAAGUGGUAACAAAAAGGGCUCAGGGCUCUCUUGGUCAAAAAAAUGUGGGUACAAUGCGCUACUUCGAUCUCUUGGUGGAGAGAAGAGGUCCUUGCAUCCAGUCCAUGCAAUCGCAGACAGACCACUUGUGGGGACUGGAGUUGGCCAUUCCAUUAUCCAUCCAGAUUUUUAUAAGCGAAUGAAAAUCUCAUGCUGCACGUUGGGUCACCUGGCUGCAGUAUACUGUGUCUCGUUUGAUGUCAGUGGUCGAUAUAUUUUUACGGGGGCGGACGACAACCUCGUCAAAAUAUGGAGUGCUUUAGACGGAAGACUUGUAACUACUUUGCGUGGCACUGCGGGGGAGAUUGUGGAUUUGACUGUAAAUCAGGAAAAUACAAUGUUGGCCGUCGCAAGUGUGGAGAAAGUCAUCAGGGUGUGGUGUCUCCAAACUGGAGCCCCUAUCGCAACAUUGACUGGUCAGGGUGGAAAUACGACGUCCAUCUUCUUUUGUCCCAUGCCACGAUCUCGGUCCAACGUUCGAUAUUUGACAUCUACCUCAACAGAUGGAUCGUGUGCUUUUUGGGCUUAUACCGACGAGCCAGGGGAACAAAUCCAAUUCCAACAAAAACCAACCCUAUACCUGGAACGCAUGAGACCAGGGAAUGCAAAAAUGGUGUGCUCAGCAUUUUCAUCUGGAGGUCUAUUCAUGGCGGCGGGCAGUGCAGACAAUCAUGUUCGAGUUUAUUACAUGCUGGGAACAGAAGGUCCAGAAAGAAUUUUGGAGGUGGAGCAUCACUCGGACAGAGUGGACAGUAUCUCUUGGGCGCAUGAAGGUCUUCGAUUCGUUUCGGGUUCCAAGGAUGGAACAGCUUUAAUUUGGCGUUUUGAAAAUGCAUGUUGGCGAUAUAUCAGGCUUCAUUGCUCAAAAGUUCAAGGACAAGCUGCCAUUCUUUACGAUGAUCCAAAACGUCGACCUCGCGUCACGAUGGUUGGAUGGAACCGAGAUGACUCGCUGGUUUUGACAGCCGUUUCCGAUAACAUGACACGAGUUUGGAACUCCAAAACCGGGGAACUUGUCCGCGUGCUGAAGGAACACUCUGCUGAAGCCUAUGUCAUUGAGGCGCAUCCCAUCCAUCCGAGAAUUGUCUGCACUGCUGGGCAUGACGGAAAACUUAUCAUCUGGAAUAUCGGGACAACCAACAAGGGCGAUCAGUAUGGAAAAAUUUACGAAUAUUAUAACUCUCUAGAAGGGCAAGGCCACGGCGCCGUAUUCGACUGCAAAUGGUCCCCCGAUGGAUUUUCCGUCGUAGCCACGGAUUCACAUGGACAUCUCAUGAUUUUAACUGUGGAGGCUGAACACAACGAAAAAUUAAAGAAAAUUCCAAGCGAGAUGUUCUUCCACACCGACUACCGACCAUUAGCGCGUGAUGCGAUGACGAACGAAAUCCUUGAUGAACAAACUCAGAUUGCGCCACACCUAAUGCCACCUCCAUUUCUUGUUGAUAUGGAAGGAAAUCCGUAUCCUGCUCACUUGCAACGAUUAGUUCCGGGAAGGGAGAACAUGAAGGACGAAUAUCUGAUUCCACACGUUGCUGUAUCUGAUCGAGGGUUCCAAGAAGUUAUAGAAGGGCUGCCAGCCAGAUCAAAUAUUGAUGAAAUGAUUCAACAGUUGGCGAGAGCACAGGGUCUUGGGGGACAAGGAGAGAAUGACAACAGUGGAGAACGUCGUGGUGUUGGGCAACGAAGAAGUGGAGAAAUAGAAGGUGUCAGACAAUCAAGAGGAAACUGGCAGACUGAUUGUUACGGGUUUUCCAAGAAGAAUCACAUAGUGUCACCAAUGAGUAAAGCCAUAUUAGAACGUUGUGAAAAUAAGCGUUCUGGUCUAUUCGAAGCGGAAGAAACCUGGUACUUGGAACAUUUAACGAAAUGUCCCAUCAGCGGUACAACUCUCGGCGUUCCUGCUGCAGUUGGUACUCCGGUGGAAUCUCCGGAGGGCCGUUCACGCAGGAUUCGUCGUAUAGCUGCUCAAGCGGCGGAGCGUCGCCAACUUCAUAAUGAAGAAGAAGCUAGUUUUGCUCAAGUGGAAGGCAUAGCUCGACCAAAUCCUCAUCCUCAGCAAGAGAUUUCAGUUAGUCAAGCACGACCACGCCAACCUGCUGGUGGGAGUGCCUCUCGCCGUACGACUGGACGUAACGCCCCUCUUUUUCGUCCGAUGCAAACUCCCAGAAGAGUGGGAAUUGCAACUUUGAAUGAUGUCGCUAACCGACCAGCCAAUCCUAACCCUAAUCGACGAGCCAGACCCGUUCGAUACGAUGUGCGACGGAUCUUAAAUGCUCAUGGAAGUGAUAUUGAAAAUUUGGAUUUGGAUGAUUCUUCAUCAGAGGCGUCAGUUGAUAGCUCUUCCGAGUCUGAGUCUUCAUCCGAGUCUGAUUGGGGAGGAAAUCUUGGUGCAUCCCAGCGGCGUCGAGAAAGGGAACAAGAAAAUCGGAGACCUGCCGGUAGUGGCGAAGGGCGAGCUGUACGAACAACACGAACUCAGUCCCACUCCUCUCCAGAUGAGCAGGAAGAAGAGUCAGAACCUGAGGAGAAAGAAAAGCCGACUACCAGUUCUGAGCCUCGACCUGGUCCAUCGUCUGAAAUUACCGGAAUAAAAUCUGAGCCACAAAAACAAAAUCGUCCUAGAAAAACGAAAGCAAAAGUAGAUUACAGCGGUGGGUUGGAAGAGGUAGCUCCAGAGUUUCGACCAUCCGAUUGGUUGUCAGAAGUCUUUCCACAACGAAGUCCAUACUUUCCACAACUAGGCGAUGAUUUAGUCUACUUUAGGCAAGGUCACGAGUCUUACAUCAAAUAUGUAGAAGAGAAAAACUUGUACCAGAUUCCCAAGAAAAUGAAGAAAAGUUUGCCUUAUGUUGUUAAGCCUGACCUGGAGCCUGAGGUAUCGGUUCGGGUCGUGGCCAUAAAAUUUGAGCUGGAGCCUCCCCGUGUUGCAAUUCUUAAACUGGCAAGGACGGACUGGACAACGGGGGAGUUGGGGAGGAAUGACUACUUGUACGUCAAGUAUCAUGACGUGGCCACAGUUGUGGACUUUCUCAUCCUUCGCCACAUGUAUGACAAAUCAAUAAGGCGUAAAUGGAAUGAAGGCGAUAGGUUCAGAUGUCUAAUUAGUAGAGACUGGUGGUUGGGAACAGUAAUAAAAAAUGAGCCACAUCUUGCCGAAUAUCCUAACUCGAAUUACCUAUGCUACAAGGCAAAAUGGGACAAUGGUGACCCUGAAACGAUGAGUCCAUGGGAUAUGCACACAAUUCCAGACGACUUUGUAAUUCCAGAAGACGAUAAAGAUGGCAUCGUCGCAUCCGAUGAAGACCUGCGGUUUGGACUGUAUGAGCCAGUCACAACAGAUUGGCCACCUCAUGGACAUCAAGAUGCUCAGUGUCAAAAACUCUCUUCUUUAUUGGAGCAAGUGAUGGCAUUAGCAAUUUCAGAAGCGUUUCUUACCCCUGUCGACCUUAACCAGUAUCCAGAUUACGCAUAUGCUAUUGAAUAUCCGAUUGAUCUAUCUACAAUUAAGGCAAGACUAGACAAUCGGUUUUACAGAAGAAUGGACGCGUUAAAGUUUGAUUUCACGUACAUUGCUAUGAAUGCUGAAAAGUACAAUCAAACGGGUUCCGACAUUGUGAAGCAUGCAAGAGUGCUGCGAGAUGUUUGCUUGGAAAUUAUUACGAAUCCAGAUAUAACGUCGAUAAAUCCAAUUUAUCAUAGAAUCAGCAAAAACGAAGAAUCGACAGAAUCAAAGAAGCAAAACAACAAAUCAUCAAGUUCUAGCUCUAAAGGUGGCAAGUCAUCAUCAUCACAGCCCCACUGUUCAAAGUCUUCAGGUCACAAAACCCGUCUUCGUGAUCGACGUGGAGGAAACGACAGUGACCAAGAUGAUUCACGAGACUGGAGAGAACAAUGCUUAUCCCUCCUUAAUGAAAUAUAUAAUAAAAAAGACGCCCUUCCCUUCCGGGAGCCUGUGGACAUUAUCGAGUACCCUGAGUAUUACCAACAAAUUGAAACACCUGUAGAUUUGGGCUCCAUUAGAGAAGAUCUGCUAGGAGAUAAUUAUAGCUCUGUUCAGGGUUUUCAUAAGGACAUGAUGCACGUCUUUUCAAAUUCGAAACGGUUCAACACUGAACGUUCAGCUAUUUACGCCAUGACCUGUCGUCUGCAAUCAUUAUACGAAUGUCAAAUAAAAGGAAUUCUAAGUAAACGUCGGAAUAAUAAAAAUGCAAAAGCAACUAGUACAUCCACUCCAUCCAAAGGACGAAGCCGUAACCUUCCAUCCAGAGCAACCAGCAGUACUGCUUCCAGCCCUAGAAAAAAUCCGAGACGAUCAACUGCAACUGGGAAACAUCGUUAUGUCAACCAUUCUGACGACGACGACAACGACUCUGAUGAUGACGACCAUGGACAUCACAAUCUUAGGACACGAAACAGCAAUAGCAGAUCGGCCCGCAGAGCUUCCAUUCCGAACGGUGAUCAUUCUUAUACAAGUCGAAGUAGUAGUAGAAUGAACGGUCAUUCUACUAGCAGUCCUGCUGCAACUAGUAACACGACUCCCAGUAGCAGCAAAAAUGGAACUGGCUCUUCCAGAAAUUCAACGGAAAGCUCCGCUGGUAGCCGUCCACGUAGAGUUAAACGAUAUCGCAUAUCUUCCGAGGAGAGUGAACGUGCUAGUCCACAUAGGGAAACAAAAAUUAACAGGGUUACAACAACCACAACGACCGACUCACCGGUACGUGCGAGUCCAAGAAAGCAUAAAAUUCCAAUUAAAGACGAACCAGAAAGUGACGAGUUUGAAGAUAGCAAUGAUGGAGUAGACAUGCCUACAUUGAAUAAAGUUAAUGAUGACGAUUAUUCCGCGUCUGACAAUGAUUCUGACGAUGAAAUGGAGUUAAACAAUGUGAGACGCUCAACUAGGACAAAAGCCAAGCGACAACAUGAAGGGUCGGAUGAUUUCUGUUACGAGACACGGAACAAGGGAAAAGCAACAAAACGUUAUACAGAAACACAGGAUGAUGCUAGUGAAGACGAUGAAGGCAAUUUUAAACGUAGACGAAUCAAUAGCACAUCUCCCUCCAGAAGUACACGAAGCCAUCCCGCAUCUCAACCACCCUUACUCCAUAGAACAAAUAUACACGAUCAAUCAGAUGAUGACGAUGAAGAAGACGACGAAUAUUCAAAUAAACCAGGCCCAUCAUCUCGGCUGAUGCAAACGUCUCGAACAACUGCUGGCCAUUCUCCACAGAAGUCUAGUAAGCUGGCUCAACAUCAGGUAAUUCAUAACGCCCUGGAUGAUGACGAUGAUGAAGAUGAAGACGAAUCAGAGGAAGGAAAGGGGUCAGACGAGUCUGAAGAUGAAGAAAAUAGUGACGACAGUGAUGAUGACGAUAAUGAAGUAAGUAGCAGUCAAAGACGGACCGGAAGAAGGGGAGAAGUAGGAGGAAGUCAACAAAAACUACAGCGGCGUCCUCUCCGACAAAGACAAAACGUUUCAGAGGACGAUAACUUUGAAGUUAGCCCAACAUCCAGGAAAUCAAAGUCCUCGUCAUCUUCGUCACGUCGCCGACCAACUCGUGGAGCCACUGUACGUCGACCUGAUUACGCAGAAGAUAGUGACAGCGAACCACAUAUUAGUGAUAUUGGGGUGAGUUCAAGGGGAAGAGUUCUAAAGCGAAAAAGUUUUUCACGACAUUAAAUGACUGACGUUAACUUAUUCUUAUUUAAUAAUAUUAAUAAUAAUUUUAUUACUAACAUAAAUCAGAUCAUAAAUUCAAACCCUUGUAUCUAAUUCUGACGUCAAACACAAGAUACUGAAAUAUUAUUAGAGUUUAAUUUUUCCCUUGUGAAUGUUUUAAUUAGUAUGUAUAAAUAAUAUGUAGUACAGCUACGAAUUCAGGUUAAGCAAACUUGAAUAUAUUCAUGAGGGUGAGAGGAAUACGUGAUAAUUAAUAUAAAUCGUUCCAAAACCUGAAUUAUGAUAUGAUCCGUUAGUCAUAUUUACACGUUGCCACUAUUUCUGGCACAUUUACGACAAACAAACAAAAACGACAGACUUACUAGUAAUAGCUAGAUAUGUACAUACUUAUUAUUGUUGUAUAUUUCUUAAAUUUUCUACCAAUUGUUGUUUCCAUCCUUUCUACUACAUGCUAACUAUUGUGUAGUAAUUUAUUAUUGUUAGAGUCAAUUUAACAUCGGACUUACUCGAAAGCCGCACACUUUUCAGAUUUACGAUUUAUUUAAAUAGCUCAAUGAACGACCCAGUUAUUUUACAUUACAUUUCAUUAGUACAUAAAGGCAUGUAUUAUUGACUUUGACCUGUUCUCUUUGUAUAUUUAAUAUAUCAACUGUGCUGUUACACGUACGGUUUCUUUUUGUAUAAUUUAUUAUUGCAUUUAUUAGAUAGAUAUCCGUUAAAGUGGGAUGAUAAUGUGUUCUCAAUUGCACACCACACACAUGAGUCUGAUUUUUAAGAAUAAACAUAUUCAACAUGAUAAAUAA